UGACAUUUCAAAAUUGUGUUUUCAUCCAAGUUGUUGGCGCCCGGAAAAAGGGGGCGGGGAUUUGGCAGAAGUUACUACGCACAUGUUGAGCUUUCCAGUGGGCAGAGGAUUCCAUUCGAGGAAGUGGACUUGGACGGAAAACAUCCUCUGAAUAAUCGCUUCUGUUUUGAUUACGUGUCGAAACGCUAAACUUGCAACGCGCAGCUCGCGGGGCAAAUUGAGGGGGUCGGUGCAACAUCGACGAGUGGCAACGAAAAUAAACAAGCAAGCUCACAUAGCUAUGCCUAUGCAUAGGCAGCCGCGGGGCCAAUAAAUGGUGACAAGCCCGAAGCUCCGACAGCGAAGACAGUUUGCCCCAGACCUCCGACGAAUCCGUAUGCCCCAAACUGAAAUCACAACCAUGGAUGAUGGCCUGCAAUAUGCGGUGGAGUUUGCCCACGAUGAGAAUCUACUGGGGAGCCCAUCGAAAGUGUCUCACCUGUCCGAAAUUCUGGCCAUGCUCACCCUUAACUCCGCCGAGGAUGAUAACCAUAAGAUACAUGGGAAACUUGUGGCAUUCAAGAGGGAAGCGGACUUGCUAGACACCCAAUUUGAUUCGCCCGAUUAUUACACACAAAAGGAGGCAUUAAUCUUCAAGGUCGUGUGCGAACUCCGGGGCAUUGACCAUGAGCAGUGGCUCAGCGAGGAAAUGGGACUCAUGGAUGAUGCGGCGUUUGGCCAUUUUCUGCAGCAUGUAUUUGUUUGCCACGAAGAUUGACAAAUUGUUAUUAAGCUUGAUUUUUAAUAAACAUUGAUAUAACUUCAA